CUCCUGAUUUGAUCUUGCCGAUCUUAUGAGAAGUAUAUAUUUCGGGCGCGACCCGCACCAGCGCUUUUGGGCGGUGACUGUAGCUUCUGGUUAAUCGGAACCCCGAAUUACAGAAGGCUUUACUUGCAGUUAUUGCCAAAGAUAUAGUUCUCUUAAGAGACCGUCCAACGAAGAUAGGGGUGCGUGCCUCGACGGACAAUAUCGGGGCCAUCAUGUUCUUUCAAGCAAACACAACAAACAGUGCAAGAGACCAGCUUUCCUGCCACUCCGCUACAGUAUUCCCCGCUUUGAACCACCGCCGUGAGUGAGCAUGGCCAACAUUUCAUUGCUCCUCCCUCUUAUCAUCCUCAUUCUGGCCCUAGCAGCGGAUUGGUACUGGCAUAUACCCUCACGGGACUGGGAACCAAGGCACCCUGCGACGAGCAUGCAAGAGAACGAGGGCCAACAACAAGAAGGGCCCAGCGAAAGCCCCACCCGCCCGCCGUACAACGAAGAUGAAAUCGUACAACUGAUCAAGGAUAUCUACCGUAUAUACCUAAAAUUAAACUACAUCAAGCGAUGGGAGCUUGUCUGGCCGCCAAGGGAUACGGGCCACGCGAUCAACGAGGCGCUCUGCGAGGAGUUGGGCCUCGACCCAGCUGUGGUCUCGCUGAUGAAGCGGAUUCCAUACUUUUGUGAUUAUUCAACGGCAAAGGAUAUCGAGUUCUACCCAGAUUCUCGCGCAAUGGUCUAUCUCGAGGAUGAUGAGAUCCGUGGUGGACGCGACCCAAGCCUCUUUGAAUUCCAAGAGCCAAGGCUUGAUCACCUCCUGCCUCACGAUAUCGCGCUCAUCUGCGAGGGAGAUGAAGGGAGCAAUGUAAUCUUAGAUGUCAAAAACAGUACGGCAUUGCCCUAUUUAGUUUUUGCCUUGCUUACCUCCAUAUCAGACGUUAUUCGUGUUGAAGGUUUCCACGAUUGGCCUCCAGGGGCUGGCGCGCCCGCCGGCUAUGACUAUCUGCCCGAGCGACCAGAUGAGGAGGAUCAUUACCGAAACUAUUACGCGCACCAUGCGCCGACAUGGCUUGCAUCUUGGUUGCAAAAGAUUAGGUCUCUGGAUGUGAUCCCCGUAAACUACGGUGGGUAUCGUGGGUUGUUCACACAAAACAAGAGCAAGGGCGCUAUUGUCAAAGAUAUCCUCCAGAAUAAAUAUGGCUACCCUGACAACUUCCACGAGGAUCAGUGGAGGCGCGUAGGGAGCAAAAUUUGCUGGGAAACUGGCAAAAGUAUUCUCGAUUACAAUGAUGUGCCCGAUGACUAUGAUGUGGAUUACGAGAAGGAAGAGGCAGAUGCUAUCGCUAAUUAUGGGAAGCCAGUCUACGCCGAGGAGAUUGACGGACCUGAGCAAUGAAGCAAGCUAUGUACUCCCUAGCAUUGAUUUUUUUCCCUCCUGUAUUUAUAUAGCCACACAAUACCAGUAAUCCGGCCAGAGAGCAGUAAAACCAGAGCCAACUGCUGGAUUCCAGUCAAUAAAUGUCUCCUGAGCAGCUCCAUGGUCUGUUGCGAUAGCCCAGCAGCCGUCCCCGG